GCGCGGCGCCGCAGGAGCCGCCCGAGGAGGACACGGAGGAGUGGGAGAGCCGCACGCACCGACACAGCGGCGUGCUCGGCCUGCCCACGCACACCAUCUACGUUCCACCGAGCAAGCUCGCCAACAUGCGCGACACGGAGUACGGGGCGGAGGGCGCCGACAGCGGUUGGGUGUCGGCAGCCAGCGCGCACUACGUGGACGUGGAGGCCAUCGAGUGGACCCUGCCCGACGAGGCGUUCCCGCUGCGCGCGCACCCUCACCCGCACGCCAUGGCGCACGCGCAUGCGCACACGAUCGACGACCACGAGGCGGACCCGCACGAGUCGAGCAACGCCAGUAGCCACGCGGGGGCCGCCCCCGCCUCCCCCGGCGACUCCAGCGGCUCCGGAGCAGCUCCGGCCGGACCCGAGGCGUCGCCGCCUCCGCCGCGCGCUGCCUUCUCCGCGCCGAGCGGCCCGGGCGACGGCGGGGCCGCGGGCGAGGGGCUGGCGGGGGCCGCGGGGGCGGGGCCGCAGUACGACGCGGCGCCGCUGCUGGCGGCCGCGCUGCAGCAGCACGCCGACCUGGGGGACGUGCAGACGGCCGCCGUGGUGUGCAUUGCGCUGCACGAGCACAGGAGCGAUCUGUUCGCAUAUAUUGACGAGGCGACGCAGGAGCAGUGGCUGCUGGGCUACAUCGAGCUGUUGCAGCGCAACAAGCUGUGGAACGUGGCGACGGAGGUGAUCCGGUGUGCGUGGCUCAGCUCUGUGUGGGCGCUGUCACAGCAGUCCACCAGUGUAGUGGCGUGUUGCGGCCGCUGCGGGCGCCGCACCCGGCCUCGCGCGCCCUGCGACCGCUGUGCGCCGCGCCUGGCGACUGACCUGUGUGCCGUGUGCCGCCAGGCGGUUCGCGGCCUGUACGCCUGGUGCCAGGGCUGCUCUCACGGAGGACACCUCCACCACAUGCGGCGCUGGAUGCAGCAGCACCAGGUGUGCCCUGCCGGCUGCGGUCACCUCUGCGAGCUCAACUGAACCGCGUGCCGCGGAAAGUACCCCUUCUUUAGACCUAUAUUUAUUAGUCACUGUUUUUUCCUUGUUUUGUCUAUUUUUCUAUUCCUUUGUUAGAUUCACUGAUAAUCUGCUCAAUCAAAACAUGAGCUUUACCAUUUCUUCUCUCUCAGAGCGCCAUUUGUUUUCAAAGCGGUGGCGAAUUGUUUCAACUUACAUCAAAAAGGAAUCUCAUCACAAUAUAAAGAAAUAUGUUCUGGUGUUCCUCAAGGAACCUUGGGCCGUUAUUAUUUAAUCUCUAUAUAAAUGAUAUAGUUCUUUAAUCCAUAAAUCUAAUAUUAUUACUUUACACGGAUGAUACUAAAAUCUUUAAAAUAAUUCAAUAUGUUCAAGAUUGCGAAUCACUAAAAAAGCAGUUGAAAUGUAUUGUAUUGAUAAUAAAAUGUUUCUAAAUUUGGAUA